ACUGCAAAAGGGCAGGUAAGGAAUUUCCACAGCAAGGCCAGAUCUGCCAAAACUCAAAUUGGGGGGAAAACGUAUAAAUACCGUAACAGAGAGAAGCUUAGAGGAAGGAAGAAGGAAAAGAAGAGUUGUUUGUUUCGUGAUGGUGAAAGAAGCGAUCAGGCACGAGACGAGAACAUGCGAUGGGAAUGGGAAGAGAUCGUGUGUGAGGCUGUUUGGCGUGAAUAUUGUGUCGUCGACGCCGGACAAUCAGCGAGAACCACGACAACAACAACAGCCGAUACAGAAGAGUCUUAGCUUGGGAAAUCUGCAGGCGUUAGAUCAAGAGGAUGAUAGUGCUGAUCAUGGCGUUGAGGCUGGGUAUCUAUCUGAUGGGCCUGUUGUCCAUUCCAGGAGAGGCAAAGCUGCCCACGAAAGAAAGAAGGGGAAACCAUGGACAGGAGAGGAACACAGAACAUUUCUAGCUGGUUUGAAGAAGCUUGGGAAAGGGGACUGGAGAGGGAUUUCAAAGAAGUUUGUGACAAGCAGAACCCCAACACAGGUUGCAAGCCACGCACAGAAAUACUUCAUCAGACAUACUUCCACCGAUAAGAAGAAACGCAGACCGAGUGUCUUUGACUUGCCUCUUUCAGAACCUGCAGCCUCUGCUCCUAAAGCAACUCCAAAUCUGCCUCCAGUCAACACUGCCAAACCUUUAUCAAAGGCUAGCAACUCUUCAGUUUUGCUGUCGAAUAAUGUUGUGGAGACCCAAGCAAAUGCUAUUACUGCUGCCCAGAUUAUGAACUGCUUUCCUAACCUCUGUUUGGAUCAACCACCAAUAAUCAGUCCUGCUUCUCCAGCAGUUAAUUGGAAGUAUUAUUAUACCACUCCAUACCUGCAAGCCAUCUCUGGAAGAGGCCAGAGCUCUUUUGGUACUAAAAUCAUACCUGCAGCUUCACCAUUUGUGCACCACAUUAUGAAGCAUUCCAGGAUAGACCCAACCUUGUCAAAUAUCAAUCAGAAUGCUAUUGCUUGUGCUCCUGUUAUAGCUCAUCCAUCGGGCAUCCCUUCACCAAGGCCAUUGCAACAUGGCGUGUUUGAAUCAAUUCCUCAGACUAGUACUCCAUCAUUGACUGAGAAAGAUCCCCUUGAGCUCAAAUUGGACCUCCUCAAUCUCCCCAAGGAGCCAAUUUAUCACCUCGGGCAUCAAACGGAGUCGUUUGCAUGAAUUUGGAACAGUUUUCUUGCUUUCUUGUUCAUUCAAAAUUGCUUUCAUUUUUGAGGAACAGAUACAGUACAUAAUUGAGUUUCUAGUUUUUCAUCAAAUAAAUUCAUUUAUUUUGUGAAAACUGUUCUUUCUGAAGAACUACCCUUUUCUCAUAAGUUACAGAUAUUCAAUGCAAAA